GCUCUUGUCAAACCCUCUCUCAGCUCUUUCUCCAUUCCUCACCACUUCUUCUCAUUCAAUUCAUUCAUCAAUUCUUUCUCUCCUCUUCUCCUUCUCCAUCCAUGUCUGAAGAGCUUAGAGACUUGUUCUACCACCACCCGUUCCAAGACGACCGAUCGCUCGGGUUUCUUUACUCCACGACAACCACGCAAAGACCGGGCGAUCCCGCAAGCCCUCACUUCCUAGACCAUUCGUCGCCAUACAUGAGCUUCGCCGACGCUUUGAACGGGCCGAGCGACUACGCGAAAGCGUCGUAUGGCGGCGGGUUUUCCCCUCAAAAUUCCUCUGACAUUUUCUGCUCAUUUAAAGAUGAGCAGAAAAUGUCGUUCGUAAUGGACGGGGGGGUCGGAAACCCUGUCCUCGACGCCCCUCUCACGCCAAACACGUCGAUCUCGUCCUCCUCCACUGAAGCGGUGGGGGACGAGGACACGAGCAAGGUCGCCCCCGAUAAGAGAGAUAAGCAAGUGAAGGGUGCUUCCGAAGACGGAGACGAUAAAAAAGAGAAUAAUAAAGGGAAGAAGAAGGCGGAGAAGAAACAACGACAACCGCGAAUCGCUUUCAUGACGAAGAGCGAAGUUGAUCAUCUUGAAGAUGGAUAUAGAUGGAGGAAGUAUGGGCAGAAGGCUGUGAAGAAUAGCCCUUACCCGAGGAGCUAUUACAGGUGCACAAGUCAAAAAUGCGCGGUGAAGAAGCGGGUGGAGCGGUCAUACCAAGACCCCUCCGUCGUGGUGACCACCUACGAAGGUCAACACAACCACCACAUCCCCACCAACCUCCGCGGCAGUUUCGCCGCCGGCAUGCUCACGCCGCCGUCCUUGCUACACCCCACCACCACUCCCAUCGGCUUCUCCCACGACCUCCUCCUCCACAUGCCGCCGCCGCCACAUCAUCAGCACUACAACAGCAAUUAUAACUUCCGCAGCACCCUCCAUGCAAAUAAUAAUCCAUACUUUUCUUCUUCUUCAUCAGCUGCUAAUAAUAAUACUAUUACUAAUGGCGGUUCCAUUCUUAAUCAUAAUAAUAAUAAUAAUAAUAAUCACAAUAAUUACCAUCAACAAAUUAAUCUAACUCAUCAGUUCCAGCUGCCUUCUGACUAUGGCUUGCUUCAAGAUAUGCUUCCUUCUUCCAUGUUCUUCAAGCCCGAGCCAUGAGAUCGUCGAUCGAACGUUUUUUUUUGCGAUGGGAAAAGUCAAAUUUAUCAGCUGAAAAAAACCCGUACGUCGCUGUUCGCAAUAGUGAGAGUUGACUCAUUUUUCCUCUCCUCCAUCGGAUUCAUCUAAUGUAUUUC